GUCAUCGCCAUUCCUCUUUAACCUCUCAAUUUAUCACUCUUUUGACAGCAGCUACUCUUUUUUGACAUUUCCUCAUUUUCAUGCCGCUGAAAUAAAAUUAAAAAAAAAAAACAACCAGAGCUAGCCAGAACAAGCUCAGCCAGCACGGGAAAGGAAAAAAAAAUCUAUUUAUAAUCAUUUGUAAUUUUUUUUACCAAUUUACCGAAAAAUUAAAAUCAAAUAAGACAAAAAAAAUGUCCCUUAUGGCCAAUAAGUGCGAAACACCCAAUUGUGGCAAAGAAGCAACACUUCAAUGUCCCACAUGUCUGAAAAUGGGAAUUAAGGGUUCCUAUUUUUGUUCUCAACCCUGUUUCAAGGGUUACUGGAAAGAGCACAAAAUAAUUCAUAUGUUAGCGCAGGGAUCAAAUAAAUCUGAAACUGUCGCUGAGACAAAUGGCUACAAUCCAUGGCCACAUUAUCGAUUCACUGGAAAACUUCGUCCUUUUCCACAAACACCCAUGCGGACAGUACCCGAACUUAUUAAACGUCCCGACUAUGCUGACCAUCCUAAAGGUCGUGCUUUGUCCGAGGAAGCUAUGCGGGGCAAUAGCACUAUUAAGGUACUAGACGACGAAGAGAUUGAAGCUAUGAGAGUUGCAUGCAAAUUGGGCCGCGAAUGCUUGGAUGAAGCAGCAAAAGCUUGCGAUGUAGGUGUUACAACAGACGAGCUGGAUCGUCUGGUUCAUGAAGCAGCAAUCGAACGUGAUUGCUAUCCGUCGCCAUUGAACUAUUACAAUUUCCCAGCAUCUUGUUGUACUUCAGUGAAUGAGGUUAUUUGUCACGGUAUUCCGGACACUAGACCUCUGGAAGAUGGAGACAUUUGCAAUGUCGAUGUGACUGUCUAUCAUCAUGGGUUUCAUGGAGACUUGAAUGAGACUUUCUUUGUGGGCAAUGUUGCGGAUAAACAUAAGAAGCUCGUGAAGGUUACUUAUGAGGCUUUGUGCAAGGCUAUUGAAAUUGUUCGUCCUGGAGUAAAAUACCGUGAAAUUGGUAAUGUUAUUCAAAAGCAUGUUCAACCACAUGGAUUCAGUGUGGUCAAAAGCUAUUGUGGGCAUGGUAUUCAUAGGUUGUUCCAUACAGCACCAAAUGUGCCUCAUUAUGCCAAAAACUCUGCUGUUGGUGUAAUGAAAGCUGGUAACAGCUUUACCAUUGAACCAAUGAUAUCAGAGGGAGUAGCCAAGAGUGACCAAUGGCCUGACGAUUGGACAGCAGUCACAGCCGAUGGACUUAGGUCGGCACAAUUCGAACAGACACUUUUGGUAACAGAAAAUGGAUGUGAAAUCAUGACUCGUCGUCGUGAGAACAACGGACAACCUCAUUUUAUGGACAAAAUGUAAAAAUAAAAAGCAAUCAAAAUAAACAAACACAUUUUGUUAAAACAUUUUUUUAUUUUUAAUUAAAUUGAAAUUUAUUUAAAAUGAA